AUGACGCUGUGGGAUGGCUCCUACCCCUUCUACCCUGGAGCCACUGCCUGCUUCCCCUUUGACACCACCCGGGCUGUCAUUGUCACCACAUUCCUCUCCAUGCUGCUCACGUUCAUCAUCAUCCUGCCGGGGAUCCGGGGCAGGGGGCGACUCUUCUGGUUCCUGCGGCUGGUGUUGGGACUCUUCAUGGGAGCAGUGAUCCUCACUGUCCAGUUCACCAGGGACUGGGAGACUGGCUGGGUGCAGGCAAACACCUCCUACAAGUCCUUCAGCGCUGCCCAGGUGACCGCGGACGUCGGGCUGCACAUCGGCCUGGCAGGGGUGAACAUCACGCUCAGGGGAAAGCCAGUGAAGCAGAUCAACGAGACCAUCGACUACAACGAACACUUUCCCUGGAACUUUGGAGUGGAUUAUGAGCACAGCUACAGCGAGGGGCUGGAGAAGGGGCUGCCCAGCCCCAUCCUCUACGUGGCAGAGAAGUUCAGCAGGCAGAGCCCCUGUGCCGUGCACAGGCAGUACCGCACCGCCGGCCACUACGUGUCUCUCACCCUGUGGCUGGCCUUUUGCACGUGGCUCAUUUCCAUCAUGCUCUUCUCCAUGUCCAUCCUGCUCUAUGGUGGCCACAUGCUUCUGGUCACUGCCACUCUGAUCCUCCUCUCACUGCUCUUCUUCUCCACUGCAAGAAACACCCUCAAGUGCCCCAUCCGGUUCGGCCCAGCUUCCUUGAGGACGGAUUAUGGUGAAUCCUUUUGGCUGACAUUAGCAGCAGGCCUGCUGUGCCUGCUCCUGGGGCUGGCCAUCGUCAUCCUCAACUCCCUGCAGCCAGAGAAGCUGAAGCUCAUCUUCAGCAUGGACAAGAGCAGGGAAGAGGAGGCGUGGGACAGGUCCUGCCUGGCAGCUGAGCCCAGCUGCUCAGUGCAGGAUGGGCUGAUGGUGCCCCUGGGGGAGCUGUGCCAUGUGAGCUCAGCCACCCCACUCUGAGGCACAGGCACAGCCAGGGCUGGACAUGCUGCUCCUGAACCCACCAAAUCCAUCAGGAGCCCAGCUGGCAAGAGACAUCCAAGUGAUGAGAAUAUCCACAUCUGAAAAGGUGUCUCAAACACAGCAGUUUACUUUUCUUUCCUUUUUUUUUUCUGUUUUACUGCCUUUCCCCCUGGUCCAUCCCAACAAACCCUGAGCCCUCCCCAGGAUACAGAGAUUAAAUCAGAACAAGAUGGGGAGAAAGCAAGCAACUGAAGGCCCAUGGAUAUGAACCAAAGGAGAAGUAGAGCCCACAACAGCCCCCUCACCCUGAGGACACCCAAAAAGUCCCCUUGCCUUGGAUACUGCUCCCAUCAGCAGUCAGGAAGUGCAGAUGGAGCUGCUCCCCAGGGUGAAGAGCACCAUGGCAAAUAGGAAUACAGUUUAGUAGGAUGCUGGAGGUAUCUGGAGGGAGGGAAGGAGACGAGGAGGUGGGAAAGGAGGCACAGCAGUGCCUUGAAGAUCAGCUGUAACCAAUUAGGGAGAGGGGAGCAGUACCUCCAGUCUG